AUAUUCUGUGUUAAAAUGUCUUCAAAGAAAAAUAAAAGCAAAUCUAAAAGAACGAGUGAAGGAGAGAGUUCCCUCCUGGCGAAGGAGGCUCUGAAUGAUUCCUCAAACCUACAAACACCAUCCGGCCGCGACGGAGGGAGCUGCAGGAGUCCCAGCAGCUGCAACUCAUUCACUGUCUUCGAUUUCAUAGAAAAAGCCGACGACAGAACACCCAGAAGUUGCCGAUCAUCUUUGGCCCAAAUGAGCCUCAACKCCAUGAAGUCUGCUGGUGUUUCCAUCGCGAGACCGGUCCUGCUGACGAGUCCCUCGGGACACCAGGAGGUGUGUUUGGCUUGGCCCGUUGCCUCCUUCCCAGGUGGACGGGUCGGMCUCCAGAAAAGUGCUCAGAACAACCUGAGAGUGAAACCAGGGGACUCUGUGGCUCUGCACCCCAUAACUGGACCCGUGAUCCAGGUGGAGGAGGUCCUCGUUUCUAAUCAGUUAAAAGAUGAAAAACUAGAAACGGAUGAUUUUAAAAACUUCUUUCUGAGAACUUUAGUUGGAAACAUCAUCUUGCCUGGAAAUAUCCUAACUUUGAGUUAUUUCGGACGUUCUUGCGGUCUCCGUGUCGAGACCAUAAAGGGGGAGGAGGGAGUGGUCCUGCAGAGACCUCCUGUCCUCCUGGGAGCGGAGGACUCGUCCGUGUUGGACCUGGUGUCGGCUGACUUGUCCCAGCAGCUCAGCGGGCUCACUGUGGAGGACGAGUCGGGUCCCGCCUCCAGCACCCCGCGCCGACCGGCCCCUCCCCCCCGCCUCGCCUCGCCCGCCGCCUCGCAUCCGAGCUCAGAGCAGGCGGAGCUCACGGCGCCCCCUGCUGGUUUCACCGGCACCGACACCUUCUACUCCCUCUCCUGCUCCACCAAAGUCACGUUCACAAGCAGACGAGCGCCGACGGACUCGCAGGACGAAGUCCAGAGGUCAAAGGUCACGUACGGCAUGAUCGGUGGUCUCAGCAGCCAGCUGGACGUCAUCAGAGAGACCAUCGAGCUUCCUCUGACGCGUCCCGAGCUCUUCUCCARCUACGGAAUCCCGCCUCCCAGAGGGGUCCUGCUGUACGGACCCCCAGGAACAGGAAAGACCAUGAUCGCACGAGCCAUAGCCAACGAGGUCGGAGCUCACAUGGUGGUGAUCAACGGCCCUGAGAUCGUGAGCAAGUUUUAUGGUGAAACAGAAGGACGACUCAGGCAGAUAUUCACCGAGGCGUCUCAGAGGCGGCCCGCGAUCAUCUUCAUCGACGAGCUCGACGCUCUGUGCCCGAAGCGAGACGGCGCUCAGAACGAGGUGGAGAAACGAGUCGUGGCGUCCCUGCUGACGCUGAUGGACGGCAUCGGUUCAGAGGGCCACUCAGGCCAGCUCUUAGUCCUGGGGGCUACAAACAGACCCCAGGCCCUGGACCCUGCCCUGCGCAGACCGGGACGCUUCGACAAGGAGCUGGAGGUGGGGGUUCCCGGCGCUGCGGAGCGGGCAGAUAUUCUGCAGAAGCAGCUGACCUUCGUACCGUGCAGCGCCACCAAGGAGGAGCUGACGCAGCUGGCAGACGUGGCUCACGGGUACGUGGGAGCCGACCUCGCAGCUGUUUGUAAAGAAGCAGGUCUGCAUGCGCUGAGGCGAGCGCUGGGAGCGUCCCUCCAAGCAUCGGAUCAGCAGCUGGCGGGGACCGUGACCGUCACUCUGCAGGACCUGCAGUGGGCCCUGACUGUGGUGAAGCCCAGCGCCAUGAGAGAGGUUGCCAUUGAUGUCCCGAAG